AUUAUCGAAGCAUAUCGGUAUACAAAGGUUAACGGCAUAAUUUUAAUAUGUUUAACAAUUAAAAUAACGGCUAUAAAAUACCGUACGUUCCGUAUAAUUGUUUUUAAAAAAAAGCAAAUAAAUAAAAUUUUAAUUAUUGCUUUAUUAAAAAUCGAUAACCUUUUGCAACGGAAGCGCAUUGCAAAUACCCAUAUAAAACGAAAAAAAGGCAAUGUCCGUUUCGGGAAUAAAUUUAUUAAAAUCGAAAGCGUUGCGGCGGCGUUUGUUGCGCGCUUUACGCUUUUUUUUGGCGGCGGUUUUUUUGCUGCAACGGUUAAAGCCCGCCGGGGGGUUACCGGCAAAACGUUUGCGGGAAUUUUAAAGGGUUGCAAGCGCAAAAGGGCCCAAUAA